UGUCUCAUCUUUUAUUACGGACAUCUCUAGGAGGCAAAACUCAAUAUGCUCCUUCUGUUGGGCUGGAUCCGGCGCUCACAAGAAUGCCUCCCCCAGAUUUCAACUUGGUUCUUACACCGAAGGCGUCUCUAGCAUUCACAAGGUGGAGCACAUUCAAACUUCAAGACGCCUACCUUGUUCACGGAUGGCCAAUGCGUAUGGCUUGGGUACACAUCGUUGAUUCAUAUCCACCACUGAAGCGUGUAGCCCACAAGGUCUGGCAGGUCAAGUUAGGAUUCCGCACAGUUGACGAGUCGGCUUGCACCUUCGUGGUUGAUAACUACUGAACGAACCCUGGGAUCUUGC